UGGUCCCCUUAGUCGGUCGCUAACUUCCGAGUCGAACAGAUGCGCUUUUUCUGGUAGUUCUGUGCGCGGAUUGUGAUCGAUCUCCUGCGGGGCGCCCCUACCCAUCGGUUUCUGGUUGGAUAUUUUGGUGGUGGAUUUGUGCGCGCGGAACUCUCCCACCCAGCAGAGGUUCGGUUUAAGUGGAUUCGCUAAUUAAUAUUACCGUGCGUUGGCAUUUGGCAGCGCGCUGCGCAUAACAGGAGUUGUCUUCCUCCGCACCGGCAGGCCGUUUCUGGGAUUUUUGCAUUCCUGCAUACGUAGACCGUGGUAUAGUACCAGCGUCUAUAUCGUAACGACAAUAAUUGCUAGUGGAAAUUAUUCGGUUUCUUUUUUGUGGGCCCGGAGGCACCGAAGCACAACUGGAAAAAAGUGAUUAAUUGAAAAUAUUUGAUUCGAGUGAGUUUUCCCCCGUGGCAGAGAAUCUCAAGCGGUACGCUAGAAUAAAAAAAAAUGAAGGUGCAGAACGGUAAAGCCGCCGAAGUUAGUUACAUUAUUUGAUCGAACCGACAAUCGAUCGCGCUUUCACCCGGGGAAUUACGGCAGAAUAUCCAGAAGGAAACGAAUCAAAUUAAAAAAGGUCUCCGGUGAUGUUUUAGCAACCGACGAAGCUACUGGGUAGCAACGAAGUCAACCACCGCGAAGAAACCGUCGCUCGAAGAGCGUGGUUCAUUACCGAAGUUUUGGCUCGAGCAAGAAGGAUUGGGUUUUGAAGUGGUUUUAAUUUUAGCAUUUGGCGCAUAAAUUAAACGUCAGGCGAAAUACUCAUCAAAAAAGGGGGAGGCAGCGGAACGGUUAGAAGAGUGGAAAAUUAAUGGUGCACAUGAUUUGAGAGCUGUUUAUUUUUUUGUUUUGUGUUUUCUUUGUCGGUGACCCAUAAAGUGAAAAUAGAAUGCAUUAGAUUUUGUUUGGUGAUCGCAGAUUGCGUCGAAGGUUGAUAAUCUGAAGGAUAUUUUUCUCAUACUUGAUUUGAGCGUGGUUUUAUUGCAAGUGAACUUUCGGUGCUCAGUUAAGCAAAAAGAAGAUUCUAAGUCUAAAGACUUACAAACUUAGUGAGAUUCGCCGAUUCCACGACGACGCGGCAAAGUUUUCCAAUGUGUUCCCGCGAAAGCAGCUAGCCGUCGACGCGACCGGGAGUGGUUAGUUGCAGUGACAUCAGAUAGGAUAGGACCAAAUGCCAAGCAAAAUGAAUAAUGUGCGAGCGAUCGUCAGAAUCGUGCGCAUCUUGGCGGUUUUCGGAUGGCUACCGUAUCUGACGGCUUUUCGCAUUCCACACACCAAACCAGCAGUCCAAACUCUAGGCAGCCUAAUCCUAACUCCCAAGCACAACAUACUCAACCCGGCACAGUUCUUCGUUUCCAGUAGAGCGAACAACUCAUCCGACGAGGAAUACUCCGGUUCCAACGAGAGCUUAGACCGCAGCUACAAGGCCCGCAAAGUCCUCCACAAGUAUCCGCUGCGGUAUACGAAAAAGAGAGUCAAAGCCUUAGCCAAACGGCCGGUGCUGCACCCGAAGUUCUACUCGCCGUAUUCGCACUGGACUAAGUGCGACGCUUUCUGUCGCCAGCGGCGGGAACGGUACUGUACGGUUCGCUCCAAGUGCGGCUAUCACAUCCGCGUGGAAGAACGGCAGUGCCAUCGGCAUUUGUGUUCCCCCUUAACAAUUCCUGUCCACGAUGAGUACGAAAGCAUACCGCUGCACCAAUACUCAGAGAAGGCCGAAUCAUGGAAACCGAAGAAAAAGAAGAAACGAAUAAUCUUCGAAGAAGAUGAGGAAGAUUACUAUGAUGAAGAAGAUGAUGCCGAAUACGUGAUCGUCAAAAAGAAAUCCAAGAAACCCAACCAAAGCCGAUGGAAACGACCUCACGUGUAUGGCGAACGAAACUUUGCCCCUAACCAUCGACACACUCCUGAUUAUGACGACGAAGGCGAAUACGUAUCAGAGCAACGGAUACAAAACGAACGAAAGCCUCUCAAAAUUGUCGUUGACGACUUCGAUGAUCAUAAAAUAUUCAGCCCUAGUCCGCACUAUCAGCAGCGAUUUAACACGGCACAAAACUUCCAGCGGCGACCACAAACGGCUGUGUUCAAACGAAAACCGCAAAGGCUCACGGAGUACUUUGAAGAUGACUACGAGCAUCUGUAUCGUGAUGGCACAGGGUUUUAUAACCGGAAUGAUGACUUGGUAGACCUGAGCGGAUUCCCAGCGGUUCACGAAGCUCUAACCGCAGGAGCUGCAGACGAUCAAGAUGGAGCUAACAUAACAACCUCUUCAACGGAAUUCAAAAGACUGAUGGAGUCUUUUCCCACUACGGAGUCAACUUCCGGUGCGUCGCAUCACACCAAACGAGAUAUUAGCAAUUUUUUAGACGAUUCCAGUGAAGAUCUAGAUGGUUCACAGGAAGAAGACUUAAACAGCGAUAUUGACGACGAAGGAACUCAAGAUGGCAAAAAGUUUCCAGGGGAAAGCAUGUUGAAACUCGGGCCUGCUGUUACACAGAAAAAGGCAAGAGAGAAAGCGGUAUUUGAAAUGCCGCGUAAAGUUGAUAAUCCGUAUUCAAAGUGGAGCAGGUGGUCGAAAUGUACGGCGAAGUGCACCACUCGAAGAUUCAAGCGAUGCAAGAUCCCAUCCAUCUGCAGCAACGACAUCAUCCGAGAGGUCGCUUAUUGCUACACCGAGGGCAGCUUCUGCGAAGAGUGGAUCGGAAACCAACUGUACCAAAACAACAAACCUCAGCAAACGCCAACGGCUGCUAUCGCAACAACGACCCCAAAGUCAACGAAGCCAGCCCGGAGUCAGGCACUCCAGCCUUACCAGGCUACUGGUCGGGCUCGAAGUGACUUUCAAGAUAACUCAAUAGCCGAACAACCUCCUGCCAAUCGAAGGGAAUUUCUGCAACCGGAGUACAUGCCACAGGAGCUAACCUGUGGAAUACCGUCAGUACGGGGGAAACCGAAAAAGUAUCUAUACAACAUGCUCCGUAUCAUCGGGGGGAAAACGUCCCGCCGAGGUCAAUGGCCGUGGCAGGUUGCCAUUCUGAAUCGAUUCAAGGAAGCAUUCUGUGGUGGUACUUUGGUAGCUCAACGUUGGAUCCUCACGGCUGCGCACUGUGUCCGUAAACGGCUCUUUGUUCGCCUUGGCGAACACAACCUGCAACAAUCGGACGGAACGGAGAUAGAGUUCCGCAUCGAGUUCAGUAUUAAACAUCCCCGAUACGAUAAGAAAACGGUUGACAACGACGUAGCGCUGCUUAGGCUUCCCCGUGACGUCGAACGGUCCACCUACGUAGGGUACGCCUGUCUUCCGGAACGUUUCCAAGCGCUCCCCACCGGAAACACUUGCACCAUCAUCGGUUGGGGUAAGAAGCGGCACAGCGACGACGCCGGAACGGACGUCCUCCACGAGGCUGAAGUGCCGAUCAUCACCAAUGAUCGAUGCCGCGCGGUGUACCACGACUACACCAUCACCAAGAACAUGUUCUGCGCAGGUCACAAGCGCGGUCGGGUGGAUACGUGCGCCGGCGACAGCGGCGGUCCUCUACUGUGCAGAGAUACCACCAAAGAGAAUAGUCCCUGGACGAUAUUCGGAAUCACCAGCUUCGGGGAUGGCUGUGGGAAGAAGAACAAGUUUGGCAUCUACACCAAGCUGCCCAACUACGUGGACUGGAUUUGGUCGGUGAUAAACUGCAAUGGAAACUGCCGGACGUGAUGAUGGGAGAUAUAUUUGGUAGUUACGUAUUAGGAAGUGCAAAUGUGUGUGUGUGUGCAAGAGAACGGUCAAGCGAGAGAAUAGAUUUCAAACGGAUUUUUUAUGUAUAAAUAAGAUGCUUCUACGAUGUAUAGAGAUUUGAAAUUUCUUCCACAAUCUCAUAUUUAUUGACGAGCGCUACAAAACUGAGCCUAUGUUUAAGAGCGAUUUAGCCGUAUCGAUGAAAUUAACGUUAAGGUAUUUAUUACGAAUACUGUGUACAGUACUUUUACGAGCAAUAAAGGUGAUAAUU